GUGAAUAAUUUAUUAUCCAAAAUUCUGAGAAUGACCACUGUGUCACUUGUGUGUUGAACUUAUCCAAUCCAAGAACGACCACCUCCUUACCAUGACUGCAAGUAGGCAAGCUCUCGCCAGUGAUUCUUGGACGUUACCUAUCAAUUUUCCGGCGAGCUAUUUUGCCCCUUCCCCUCUCACUAGUUUCGCUUUCCGCCGUAAAAUCGCCACUCCAACGUACAAUCAAAGAACGCCACUAACUCUUCGCGUUCAUAUUCAAUGCCAAUGCAGCUCUGUCACUGUCAAUGGAAAUCACUCCACCAUUUUCUCUCACUCGAGUGCAAUGCUGUUUUCACUAUUUCAAGAAAUUGGGUUCAAUGAGGGAGACACUGAAGCAUUAUUGGAUACCCACUCUGCUCUCAGAUUCAUGUCUUUUGAAUCCAUUCAUAGUAGAAUUCAUUCCUUACAAUCCAUUGGAGUCAGUGGUCUUUCACUUUCUCGAUUAAUUGUGAAGCGUCCUGAUGUAUUGACAGCUAAAGAAAUCGAGGCAUUAUUAUAUUUCCUUAUUAAUAAUGAUGAUUUAGAUUUGAAUGGAAGAAUAGAGCCUGUGCAGCUCGAGCGGCUUCUUAAUGCAACAGACGCCAGAUUUCUUGUGGGACUUGAGAGAAAAGUGAAGUUGCUAGUUCAAUACGGUAUUCCCCGAGAGAAGCUUGUUCAUGUGCUUAACACUGUUAAUUUAACUAAGGCCUUGUGCCUUAAGUCUUUUGAAGAAGUGGAGAGAAUGCUUCAUUUCCUGAAUCGUUUUGGCGGCGUUAGUUUGAUUCUUCGCCGGCCUGCAAUUUUGAAUUAUGAUCUUGACGCACAAUUGGCUCCAAGAAUCAAGUUUCUCUUGGAGUUAAGCGGGGGGGAUGAGAAAGCCACUGCAACCAUAUUGCACAAACUUCCAUUUGUAUUAGCCUACAGUGUUGACCAUUUAAAAGACCAUGUCGAGUUCUUGAAUUCUUAUGCUGGUUUAAGCUAUCAAGAGAUAUUUAGAAUAAUUCUUGUUUAUCCGAAUGUGUUUAGUGCGAGCAGGAAGAGGAAAUUGCAUCCCAGAAUCGACUUUCUUAUGCAGUGUGGGUUGAAUUCACAGAACAUAUUUAAGUUCUUGAUCAAGGCACCCUUGUUCUUAAGUCUAUCAUUUGAGGAGAAUUUAGCACGUAAGCUGGUUUUCUUGGUGAAGAUUGGUUAUGAGAAUAGGACCAGGGAAUUGGCCAUGGCAAUGGGAGCUGUUACACGUACCAGCUGCAAGAAUUUGCAGGAGAAUAUCGGGGUAUUCUUGAACUACGGAUUGACUUGUGAGGACAUUUUAGAGAUGAGCAAGAAGCACCCUCAAGUUCUACAGUACAACCACGAUUCUUUGGAGGAGAAGAUGGAUUACUUGAUUGAGGAAAUGGGUCGUGAAGUCAGAGAGCUGUUGUCUUUUCCUGCAUUUCUUGGUUAUAAGCUUGAUGGAAGGAUUAAACAUAGGUAUGAAGUAAAGAAGAAGAUUUUAGGUGAAGGAAUGUCCAUUAACAAGCUACUGAGUGUAUCUGCAGCAAGAUUCUCGAUGAAAAGCAAGAAGAAGCAUCCCGUGAAUGUGGUUGACAGCCAGAGUGAAGAAGUUGAACAAAAAAGAGAGGACUAUGUUAUUAUUUUGGAUAAGUAAAUAUUUUCUUCGGGCCAUUCAUCGCUAAAAUGGAUGCACAAAUAUUAUGGUUUUCUUUCCAUGUCCGAAGUGGAGAAUCUCAACAAUUAUGAUUUUUUUUCUUUGUGAACUGUAAAAUUAUUCUGAUGGACACUCUUUGCAGUUUCAUGGGAUUGAUGAACGGGAAGACAGAGAUAGUGAAAAUUAUAACUGUGCCUAGUAAAUUCCAGAUCAGGUAGUCAGGAAGUAAUACCUUUUGUAGAGUGAGAGCAUAGAGGAUUCAAAUCCAGGUAUAAUUUUUGCAUGCUGGUAUUAAUCCAUUGCUGUUAGUAGUUCUUGAGAUUUUCUUGAACUUUGAUCAAUUGAGUGGCAAUACAGCAAAGACGAUGACAAUGGCUUUGAACAAUGUGCCUAUAAACUGAGUUUUUUGGAUGCUAUAGAGUUAGAUCCUGUUAAAUUUUUCUGAAUCAUAACCUGUUAAAGAAUGAUUUUGUUCGUGCUGAAGGAAUUUAUUUUAUAAAAUGUCUAUUAUUCCAGAU